AUGACGGGAAGAGUAGAUAAUGAAGUGUAUAAUGAAACAUUUCAAUCUCAAAUUAGUGGUGGUGAUUAUGAUCAAUACAAAAAGGCUCGAAAUAAGAACUUCUCUCUAGAAGAGGACCUUCUAUUGGUUUAUGUUUGUCUUAACACAAGUAUUGAUCCAAUUCAUGGAACAGAUCAAACCAAUAGUCAAUACUGGAGCAAUGUAGGAGCAUAUUACAAGGAAGUCAUAGAAAAGACUAAGUAUGGGCAACGGACAGAUAAAUCUCUCACAAAUAGAUGGAGCACAAUCCAGCAAGCUGUAAACAAGUUUUGCGGCUAUUACACACAGCGAGAAGGAAACCUCCGUAAAUCUGGUGAUACAGGCAUAGACGUGCUUGAGGAUGCCAAGAAGAUCUACCAUGAGAUUCAGAAAACUCCGUUUCGAUUAGAAAACUGCUGGAAUAAAUUGAGAUUUAAUGCUAAAUGGAUAGAAUACAUGCGUCAAGAACCAACAAAAAGAAAAACAUCUUCAAGUGACACAACUAAUUUGAAUGAUGAAGAGAAUAUUUGUGCUGAUUUUAUUGAUUUGGAGAGGCCCAUGGGACAAAAGAAAGCAAAAAAAGAAGCUAAGAGAGGGAAAGAUAAAUCAAGUAACAUAUCUGAAUUUGAUGCUGCUAUUAUCAAAUGGACGGAGGAAAAAAUGAAGAACAAAGGAAUCAAAAUGGAAAUUGCUCAGCAACACUUAAAGAUACAAAAGGCUAAAAUUGAAGCUGAUCAAGAAAAUGCAGAUACUGUUACCAUGAUGAUUGAUGUAAGCAAAAUGGAGAAUCUUGUUCAAAGAGAAUAUUUUACAAGACUACAAGAUGAUAUUCUAUCUAGGAGAUCAAACUAG